ACGGUUGCUGCUGAAUUAAAUCUCCUGGGAUUUGGGGAUGCCCAUCACCUGCAGAUUCCUCUCUUCUUCCUCUUUCUGCUGAUCUACAUCUGCACUAUGGCCGGGAACAUCCUCAUUGUUGCCUUAGUGAUUUCCGAACCACAGCUUCAUACCCCCAUGUAUUUCUUCUUAGGUAACCUCUCCUGCUUGGAUAGUUUCACAGUUUGCACCAUCCUGCCGAAGAUGCUUGCUGGCUGCUUGACCGGGCAUGGCACCAUUUCUGUUUGGGGUUGUAUUGCCCAGUUUUACUUUUUUUCCUCUUUAGCUGCUGUAGAAUGUUAUCUCUUAGCAAUGAUGUCUUAUGAUCGGUAUUUAGCCAUUUGCAAACCUCUGCAUUAUGUCUGUCUUAUGAACACCAAGCUGUGCUUCCGUUUGGCAGCUGGCUCUUGGAUCAAUGGAUUCAUAGGGAUGUCCAUAUACAUAUUCCUGAUGUCCCAGCUAAUAUUCUGCGGGCCUAAGGACAUUGACCAUUUCUUCUGUGAUAUAACUGCAGUAAUGAAGCUUUCUUGUGGGGAAACUAACACUGCAGAACUUGUGAUCACAGUAUUUGCAUCCAUAUUCACCUUUCCACCAUUUACAUUAACCAUGACCUCAUACAUAUUCAUCAUCAGGAACAUCAUGCGGAUCCCAUCCGCCACUGGGAAGAAAAAAGCUUUCUCAACUUGUUCUUCUCACCUUAUUGUAGUUUCCAUUUUCUAUGGGACGUUAGUGAUUGUUUAUGUGCUUCCAAGGACUGAGAGGCUCAGAGCAUUAAACAAAGUUUUCUCUGUCUUUUACACACUUCUGACUCCCUUGGUAAAUCCUUUGAUAUAUAGCCUGCGAAACCGAGAGAUGAAGAAUGCCCUGAGAAAAAUUCUGAAGAAAUGUGUCUAG